CCGGAGGAAAGGGUCAGAGAGGCACUCCGACAGGCAGCAGCUGCACGUUUCUCCAGCCUUUAAACUCAACUUUGGUUUAAGCUACCGUUUUUUUAACACUUGACUCGCACUGUUCUCGAUUCCUGUGGAUGAUUUUGGUUGACAACUGUGUGUAUCAUCGCUACUAAGGAACGUGUUUUUACCAGAUUCUAGGAGUAACGGGCAGCCGAGAACCUCAGCUAGCAGUAGCUAUAACGAAGCUAUAGCAGGCUAGCUAACGUUAGCUAGCGACCUGGCUAGCUGCACACGAGCUGAGCAUUGCUCGGUGGUGGGGUGGGGGGGCGGUGUGCCUACAGUGUCGUUUGAUGGAUCCGAGAAUCGCCUGGUUUCAACCAGAACAACGUGGACCAGCUAACAACCUGUGGAUGCAGAUUUGGGAGACGACACAAGGGCUCGGCUACUUGCACGUAAAUAACAGCUACACCUCUGGACCUCAGAGUACGGCGAGUCUGAAAGCGACCGUCAACGGAGCGUCGGGGGCCGUCCUCACCAGCAGAAACGGGGCACUUGACUCAAACACCGGCAGCGGUGAAGCGAGGACUCAGGGGAUGUCGACCUCAGUGGGGGACGGAGGGAUAACGGAACAGCGGGACUUUAUACCACUGGAAACCAAUAGCAACCACAACAACCGAGCCGCUGGCAGGGGCGGUGUCGGUGGAGGGGGGCAGCAGCAGGGCAGCGGGGUCGCUGUGCUUUGGAGGGGGCUGACGGACGGACACCCCAACAAAAGAAAAAGAGACAACAAAGCUAGCACUUUCGGAUUCAAUUCCAGCCUCUUGAACAGUGGCAGUGGCUCCAACUCGGAAUGCUACGAUGGUUACUCGGGUACGCCAUGGAAAGUCAGGAACUACUCGGAGGGAAUUGUAGGGUUACAUGAGGAGAUCAAUGACUUCUACGACUACAUCUCCCCACGGCCGGAGGAAGAGAAGAUGAGGCUGGAGGUAGUGGACAGAAUCAAGGGAGUCAUCCACGACCUGUGGCCCAGUGCUGAGGUCCAAGUGUUUGGGAGUUUCAGCACUGGUCUUUAUCUGCCAACAAGUGACAUUGACCUGGUGGUUUUUGGGAAGUGGGAGACGCUGCCACUCUGGACACUGGAAGAGGCUUUGAGGAAGAGAAAUGUUGCAGAUGAGAACUCCAUCAAAGUUUUGGACAAGGCCACGGUUCCCAUCAUCAAACUGACUGACUCCUUUACUGAGGUCAAAGUGGACAUCAGCUUCAAUGUGAAGAGUGGCGUUAAAGCCGCUCGGCUCAUCAAGGAAUUCAAAGAGAAAUACCCUGUGCUGCCUUACCUGGUCUUGGUGCUGAAGCAGUUCCUGCUACAGAGGGACCUCAAUGAGGUCUUUACAGGUGGAAUCGGCUCCUACAGUCUGUUCCUCAUGGCCGUCAGUUUCCUGCAGCUUCACUACAGGGAGGAUGUGUGUAGUCCCAACAUCAACAUCGGCGUUCUGCUCAUUGAAUUCUUUGAGCUUUACGGUCGCCACUUCAACUACCUGAAGACAGGCAUCAGGAUAAAAGACGGAGGUUGCUACGUGGCCAAAGAUGAGGUUCAGAAGAACAUGAUGGAUGGCUACAGGCCCUCCAUGCUCUACAUUGAGGACCCACUGCAGCCAGACAACGACGUUGGCCGGAGUUCCUAUGGUGCCAUGCAGGUGAAGCAGGCAUUUGACUACGCGUAUGUAGUGCUCAGCCAUGCCGUGUCCCCCAUCGCCAAGUACUACCCCAAUAAUGAGACUGAGAGCAUACUUGGCAGAAUAAUCCGGGUGACACAGGAAGUGGAUGAAUACAGGGAAUGGAUCCGAAAGAACUGGGGGAAACCAUCCCAGAAUGAUCUGCCACUCAACAGAAAUGAGGUUACACUGUUUGAAUCCCAGCAGCUCGAUGAGUGCAACAACAACGUUCCUGACGACGACGAUGUUGUGGUUCUGCCGUCAGCCCCGCACAGCAAAAAUUCCUCCAACUCCUCCUCUCCAUCCCCCUCACUGCGCUCCUCUCCUUCCUCCUCUCUGCUCUCACCCUCAUCCACAACCUCCACCUCCAGCUCCAGUGAUGCAGACUCUGAUGGCACGCCGUGUAAGACAGCCAAGCAGCAGUCUGGCCGGGGCUCCAGCGCCCACAGAGAAAAGUCGGCUGCUGUUAGUAAUCACCGAACACAGAGCCACACUACCAGCACUCCAUCUGGAAGCAACAAGGGAGGAAAGGCCAGGAUGUCUCGUUCCCAACAUAAGAGCGGCCACCACGGGCAGCAGGGCUCCUCAUCCAGUACCAAAAGUCAUCCGAGCAACAAGCCACACCACCAGGGCAACAGCAAGAAGAGGAAAAAUGUACGAGACUCUACACAAGAAGACCUCUGCAGAUAGGGGUGACUUCGCCUGCCCCUCCCCCUCCCCCCCGUCCUUGUCUGCAACUGACUGACUGUCAUGUCCCACUUCUGCUGCCAGACUCCAGCCUCAGGAGGUUGUUAGUAGUAUGAAAACAUCUACAGUAUCUGUCUCUCUGUCAAGCUUUUUGGAAUGACAAGCAACAAUUUCGAGCAGAAAUUAAAAAGAACAAAAAAAAAAAAAAAGAAUCGUUAUAAGAAAUGGGG